AUGAAGUGUUUUCACUUUAGUACUGGAGAUAGGAGAGCCAACGACGAGGACGGUGUCCUUUCCAGGUCGUCGACCAGGGUAUCCUGGGCGCGUUCCCUCAGCGUUGCAUCCACCAGCUUUGAAACUACUCGUCGGUCGGAGUUUGAUUCAGAUAGCAACUCUAGAGACCUCAGUGACACCGUAGGAUUCUCUGAGCUCUUAUCUCAGCGCCGUGCCAACGAUCUGCGAGUUUUUAAGUUCGCUGAGUUGAAGUCUGCGACCAAGGGAUUCAAUCGAUCGCUUGUGAUCGGAGAGGGGGGAUUUGGUUGUGUUUACAGAGGAGUUGUUAAGUCCGCCGCCGUGGCCGAUGCAGGUAGCGAUGGAGAUCGGUAUUUGGAUGUUGCUAUCAAGCAGUUGAGCCGUAAUGGAUUCCAGGGGCAUAAGGAGUGGAUUAAUGAAGUCAACUUUUUGGGUGUAGUCAACCAUCCAAAUCUUGUAAAGUUAGUUGGAUAUUGUGCAGAAGAUGACGAAAGAGGGAUUCAAAGGCUUUUAGUGUAUGAACUCAUGUGCAAUAAAAGCUUGGAAGAUCAUCUUUUGGGACGUGUCCAUUCUCCUCUUUCAUGGAUGACACGCUUACAAAUUGCACUUGGUGCAGCUCGUGGUUUGGCUUAUCUUCAUGAAGAAAUGGAUUUCCAAUUGAUUUUUCGUGAUUUUAAAACCUCAAAUGUUCUUCUGGAUGAAGACUUCAACCCAAAGCUCUCGGAUUUCGGUCUAGCAAGACAGGGUCCCACUGCUGGACUGAGUCAUGUUUCAACAGUGGUGGUGGGGACGAUAGGUUAUGCAGCGCCUGAGUAUGUGCACACGGGGAGACUGACAUCAAAAAGCGAUGUGUGGUCGUUUGGGGUGGUGGUGUACGAGCUUAUCACAGGUAGGCGAGCGGUGGAACGAAACUUGCCACGAAACGAACAGAAGCUAUUGGAAUGGGUGAAGCCUUUUAUUUCAGAUUCGAAAAAAUUCCAUCUUUUAAUGGACCCACGUCUCGAAGGAGACUUCUCCCUUAAAUCCGCACAAAAACUAUCUUCUUUAGCCAAUAAAUGCCUCACAAAAAACCCCAAAUCCCGACCCAAAAUGAGCCAAGUAGUCGAAAUGCUCGAGCAAAUCAUCAAGGAUACAUCACCGGAACCGGAACUGGAAUUACAACCGCAACUGGAAUCACAACCGGAACCGGAAUCACAGCCGGAACUGGAACCGGAACCGGAAUGUGUUAAAGAAGAAGGUGAUAUGAAAAAGCAAGUGAGUGGUAAUUAUAUAAAGAGGGUUUUUGAUUUUAAGGAAUUGGUUACGUUGAGGAACAGAUCGAUUGGGAGAUUGGAUUGGAGGCAUUGGACAGCUGGCAGUGUGAAACAUAAUAGCGUGUGA